CGCCAUUGGAUCGCCUCGACAAAUCUGACCAAGAAGUGGCCCUAAAUCUUCCCAGCAUUGCUCCAAUCGAAACGCCAUCACGAGAACUCAACAUGAGCGUCACCGAGCUCACGCAACCUCUCUCCGAUGUCGUCUCCGCCGCACGCUUCUCCCCCGAUGGCCAGACGCUCCUCGUGAGCUCAUGGGACACCGACAUCUACGUAUACAACCGCGACGACAAAGGAGCCUUCGCCUUUUCUAGGAAAAUUCGCUCCACAGCGCCCGUUCUCGACCUCGCCUGGAACGCGAAUGGCACAACCUUCUACGCCGUGGGACUGGCGCAACAGGUCUUGCAAUGCCAGCUUGACGGCGACAAUAUUCCCCACACAGUCCUGAGCGUCCACGACUCCGGGGCAUGUAGAGUCCGAUACAGCGCGAAACAUAAUGUGGUCAUAUCAAUAGCUUGGGACGAGACAAUGCAUAUACACAAUUUGGAGAAUGGGGGAGUUUCCAGGAUGGCACUGUCUGGAAAACCGGUGGCGCUUGCCUUGAAUGAUGAUUAUGCUGUGGUUACGCUGGUGAAUCGCAAGGUGUACGUUCACGACCUGGCCACCUUGAAAAGUCAAUGCACCCAGACGUUCGCACAACAGCAGCAGGAGGAAGAGAAGCCAGUGGCAAGGGAAAGCCCGGUACAACUCAGAGAGAGCAGUCUGAAGUUUCUGACCCGCGACGUCGCAUGCAUGCCAGAUGGAAAGGGAUUCGUGUGCAGCAGUAUUGAAGGACGAGUGGGCGUGGAAUGGUUCGACAAGGAGGACAACAAGCAGAUGUACGCUUUCAAGUGUCACCGGGAGAAGACGACGACGGUGAACGAGAAGGGAGAGUCGGUGCCGCUGGACGUCGUCUUCCCAGUGAAUGCGGUCGCGUUUCAUCCUGUGCACAAAGGCUCUUUCGCGACGGGAGGCGGAGAUGGUGUGGUUGCGCUGUGGGAUGCGAAUACGAAGAGGAGGAUCAAGCAGUAUCAGAAAUUGCCGGCUAGCGUCGCGUGUCUGGAGUUCAGUGCAGACGGGCGGUAUCUUGCGAUUGGAGUGAGUCCUGGGUUUGAAGAUGGCAAAGAGCAGAACGAGCCGGAUCAGUCGUUGAUCAAGGUUGUGAUUCGAGAACUGGGCGAGUCAGAAGCCAAGGGCAAGGCUGCGAAA